GAAGAUCCCGACCACGACCAGUGGUUCGAGUAUGCAGUCGUGAAGGGCGAGAAGGUCGGCAUCGGCUACGCCUGCAUGCGCCACGGGACGAUCUGGCAGGAGUGCUUCUCGCUGGAGGGUAGCGCCAAUGAGGUGCUGAGGAGGGCCAGGGACGACGCAGAGUUCGGCAACCUCUUCGACAAUUGCGAGAAGGGCUUCAUCAGCGCCAAGAAGCUCACCCCUGAGGCAUGCGGUCUGCAGACCCAGCUGCUCCCGAAGAUCAACGGUGAUAACUACAGAGGGUACCUACUGCUCGAUGGAGAUGAGGAGAACUCCACCAAGUAUGAGCUAGUCAGGGAAAUCAAGAUCGACAAGUCGACGUUCCACCUGAAGCUUGAUGCUUGCUACCAUGAGAAGCUUCCAGAUAUGGUGUUCAAUGCCCUUCUCAAGCAUACCGAGGCCAACAGCCCCGUCUGGGCCAAGAUUCGGACCGCGACCUGCACGCAGGAGCAGAUUGCCCAGAAGGCCAUCU